AUUGAGGGCUGGGGAGAAGCGGUCCUGGUGCCUUAGGAGUCCAGCUGUAAGGAUUGUUUUACAAAGGAGCCGGGAGUACCUUUGCAACCACCGGGAGGAGAGACUUUUCUUUAUUUUUUUAUUCCCCCCCCACAAUGAGCCAGGUUUGGAAUUAAAAUGUUCUGGUAACAGGAGUGGAGUCCAUAAACUGAUAGAAACCAGAUAGAAAUCUGUAUUACUGGUUCCUCCAAUAGCUGGGUUUCAUUUCUUGGAUAUUAAGUUGCAAAUCUGAAGAGAUGGCAUUUCUUGCACUGCACGUGUUGAUUGGGAUAUUUAUUUACUUUAGCAGUGUAAAAGGAUCUUCCCAGCCUCAAGCAAGGGUGUUUUUGACAUUCAAUGAGCUGCAAGAAACUAAGACCUCUGAAUAUCACAGAAUAUCCCACAGUCCCCUGGAUUACAGGAUAUUAUUAAUGGAUGAAGAUCAGGAUCGGAUCUACGUGGGCAGCAAAGAUCAUAUUCUGUCUUUGAAUAUUAAUAAUAUAAGCCAGGACCCUCUCAGUAUUUUCUGGCCAGCAUCAGCAAACAAAGUUGAAGAGUGCAAAAUGGCUGGCAAAGAUCCUACACAUGGCUGUGGAAAUUUUGUGCGUGUGAUACAGUCGUACAAUCGCACACACCUGUAUGUCUGUGGCAGCGGUGCCUUCAGCCCCGUGUGUGUGUAUGUCAACAGAGGACGCAGGUCCGAGGAACAAAUCUUCAAGAUUGACUCCAAGUGUGAAUCAGGAAAGGGGCGCUGUUCUUUCAACCCUAAUGUGAACACGGUGUCUGUUAUGAUCAAUGAAGAGCUUUUUUCAGGAAUGUAUAUUGAUUUCAUGGGGACGGAUGCGGCCAUUUUUCGGAGUCUGACCAGGAGGAAUGCAGUGCGAACCGACCAGCACAACUCCAAGUGGCUGAGCGAGCCUAUUUUUGUGGAUGCUCAUGUUAUCCCAGAUGGCACUGACCCCAACGAUGCCAAAAUCUACUUCUUCUUCAAAGAGAGACUCACAGACAACAGUGGCAGCACAAAGCAAAUUCAUUCAAUGAUUGCAAGAAUAUGCCCAAAUGACACAGGUGGUCAGCGUAGUCUCGUGAACAAGUGGACAACAUUCUUGAAAGCAAGACUUGUAUGCUCAGUAAUGGAUGAAGAUGGAACAGAAACGUACUUUGAUGAAUUAGAGGAUGUGUUUCUUUUAGAGACAGAUAACCCCAGAACAACGCUUGUGUAUGGAAUUUUUACAACAUCAAGCUCCAUAUUUAAAGGCUCAGCCGUGUGUGUGUAUCAUCUAUCCGACAUCCAGACGGUGUUCAAUGGGCCAUUUGCACACAAGGAGGGCCCAAACCACCAGCUGAUUCCAUAUCAGGGCAGAAUUCCGUACCCGCGACCUGGCACCUGUCCGGGAGGAGCCUUCACACCUAAUAUGCGGACAACCAAAGAGUUUCCAGACGAUGUUGUGACCUUCAUCAGGAAUCACCCUUUGAUGUUUAAUCCCAUUUACCCAAUACACAAGAGGCCAUUAAUCAUCCGGAUAGGAGCCGACUACAAGUAUACAAAGAUUGCUGUGGAUCGAGUGAAUGCUGCUGAUGGAAGAUAUCACGUCUUGUUUCUUGGAACAGAUCAAGGUACCGUACAAAAAGUGGUUGUCCUACCCACCAACUUCUCUGCAAGUGGAGAACUCAUUUUAGAAGAGCUGGAGGUUUUUCAGAGUAAUUCUCCUAUAACAACAAUGAAGAUUUCAUCUAAAAAGCAACAGUUGUAUGUGAGCUCAGACGAAGGGGUCACCCAGGUAUCCUUGCAUCGCUGCCACAUCUACGGGACCGCCUGCGCUGACUGCUGCCUAGCUCGAGAUCCAUACUGUGCCUGGGAUGGCAACUCCUGCUCCAGGUUUUAUCCCACAGGAAAAAGGAGGAGUCGUAGGCAAGACGUGAGACAUGGAAACCCUCUGACUCAGUGCCGAGGUUUCAACCUGAAAGCAUACAGAAACGCUGCAGAAAUAGUUCAGUAUGGAGUUAAAAACAACACCACCUUUCUCGAAUGCACACCCAAAUCUCCUCAGGCUUCUAUUAAAUGGCUGCUACAGAAAGACAAUGACAGGAGGAAAGAGGUGAGUAAUGUCAAGCUGAAUGAAAGGAUUAUAGCUACUGAGCAGGGACUUCUCAUUCGCUCUGUCCAAGACAGCGACCGGGGCCUUUACCACUGCAUUGCAACAGAGAACAGCUUCAAGCAGACCUUAGCAAAGAUCAAUUUCAAAGUCUUGGAUUCAGAGAUGGUGGCCUUCAUGACCGACAAGUGGUCCCCUUGGACCUGGGCCAGCUCGGUGAGAGCACUGCAGUUCCACCCAAAGGACUUUGUGGGAGCUUUCAGCCACUCAGAAAUGCAGAUGAUUAACCAGUACUGCAAAGACAGUAGACAGCAAGGUCAGCAGAAGGAAGAAUCCCAGAAGAUGAGAGGGGACUACAGCAAACUAAAGGCCCUUAUCAAUAGCAGGAAAAGUAGAAAUAGAAGGAAUCAAUUACCUGGAUCUUAAUUUUAUUUUGUAGUAAUAGAUAUCUUUCUCCAUACUGUAGGGGGCUUAUAUUUGUCUGUUGAGAACAAAUUUGAGCAAAUCUGAUGAAAAAUUAAAUGAAAAUCCACCAAGCAUCAGAAAAGGUCCUCCUCCCAAUAAAAUGCAGUGUAACUUAACUAAAGAAAAUAAUGCAGAGCAUUUUCUCCCCUAGAUGCUUACUGACACUAGGUUGGGCUCUGUCCUAGAAGCAGAACUGAGUAUUUGUCUUAAACCAGAUUCACAUUUAACAUCUCAGUAUUUAAUUGCAGUUGAAUAGAAAUUUUUACAAAAUCAAUUCAUUAUCUUGCAACUCCAGAACUGUACCAACCAGACUCGUGGUGAGAGAAUCUGGGUUAAGAUGCAUGCUCAAAGUAGGAUGGUACUAAGAUUUCCUUGCACUGCAUUUAAGAACAUGAGUUUCAUCUUGUUUACUGUUCAAUAUUGGGUUUACAGCUUUCACUCAUUGUUCAAAUCAUGUGAAUGCAUGCUGAUAGGAAGCAAGUAAAGUAUAGUAGAAAUGUUUCAUUCAUUCAGAGGUCAAAUGAAGGAGUGAGUAGAAGAAAAACGAAAAAAAAUUAUACUUUAUCAGAGGAAACAUUGAUUAUUGUGCAUAGUGUGAGUUGUAAUAAAUUCAUGAGUUCUGGAAUGUAACUUAAAAUAUCUCUGCUCAUAUUGACUUUUAUUAAACUAGGGUGUCCUAUAACACUACAUAGCUUUAUAAGUGGCACAAAGCUAACAUGAGAAUGUUCAUUUUAUACACAAUUAUGAAAAACACCUAAGUGACUUAGGUAUUUAACUAUUUUUCAAAGCAUUACACUCCAAUUUUUUUUCAAAUAACAGAAUGUGGGUAUACUGUAUAGUAUUUGCCCAGAAAUGAAAAACAUAGAUUAUCUUUAAUCUGUUCCAUGAUUAUAUUGGAGAUGGUCUGCAAUGUGGAAACAAAUCAUGAGUGUCUUUGAAAAUUUUAAAACAUGAUUUUUUCAACUGUUUUCUCAAAGUUGCAAAUAUUUUAACUAGAAUUUUUAAAUUAAACCAUUUCCAUUUUCCAGUCUUUGUACCCUUUUUCUUUUCAAUCUUAUUUUCACAAUUUUCUCUUAUUUUCAGUAUUUUGCUGAAAAGAAGAUCAGGAAAAGAGAAAAAAAAGAAUGAGGGAAAGAUAAAACUGAAAAAUGGGUUUGGGUGAAAAACCAAAAAGUUUAACAACUUGAGAGGCAUGUUUAAACAGAAAUCAUAGAAUCAUAGAAUCAUAGGAUGGUUUGGGUAGGGACCUUGAAGAUCAUCUAAUUCCAACCCCCCUGCCAUGAGCAGGGACACCUUCCACUAGACCAAAAUGUUUUUGUUUCAGAAGCAGCUGUCAGGCCGAAUGAAGUAUGUUUAGUUGAAAAUUGGGUAAAUGUGCAUCAAGCUGUCCUGGGAAAAACUAUCACUUUUUUUUUUUUUGAGCAACACUGAUGCCAAAAAAUAGAGACAAAUCUUCCUCAUUUUACUAUGUAAAAUCUUCCUCAUUUUACUAUGUAAGAGUUUUCCAGAAGCCACUGAGUCCGUUCAAAGGAGAUAGAUAACAGGGAUUAAAAACGUAUGAGUACCUUAGAAAAACUGUGGUUUACUCCAUGAUAUUUUAUAAAUACAAAUACAAACACAAAACCAUAAACCAACGUUCAGCUCAAAACUGAGCUAUGUUCAGCUCAAAUAACAGAAAACCAAAAGGAAGUUAAAUUUCUGGAAAAAAAAAUUGAGUGAAAAUAAUUUCUGAACCCAGAGAAAAUAAGAAAAAAUCUUUUUUAAAAGUUAUUAGUUCCAGCCAGUAACAGAUGGAUACUGUAUUUUAAAACAUAGCUUUAAACAUUUUAAUGGGUCUUUGUUGAAACUCUUUGGGCAUUAUUUUGAUUCUGCUUCUAUUAGAAUACUCUGGGAGUAACUCUACAGGGUGUAGGAGAAGACCUCUGGGUUUGUGCUGGCGUGAAUUAAGAUCUAGUGCAAUGGAGCCAACUCUGGUAUUUACCUGAUAUUAGUUAGAUGUGUCACUUUAUCACCACCUGAUGCAGAAUAGCUGGGAAAUGGGCCCUGACUGAUGAAACCGCUUAAACACUGUCUCUAAGUCCUUUUGAGGCUGGUGGGAGCUCUUUGAAUUUAAUUUGUGUGCUUACUGCUUGCUUCAAAGGAGAUGGCAGUGCCAGCCUGCUCAUAUAUUGCCGUCUAGUUAAGUGCUUUCCUUAAUCAAGGCCUAAAUGCCUAUUUCUGCAAUACGCAGCCACUGGUAUCUAAGGUCCUUCUUAUGGAAACCAUCGGGCAACUUUCUCUUUGACUUCAGUGAGCUUGGAUCUGGCCCUAGGAGCUGGCAAAGCAGACUCUGGAGAAAAAAAAAGGAAAAUGAGAUGGGUAAGGGAAAAUAAGGUUAUUUUUUUCCCCAGCUGACUUUCAGUGCAGCAAACUACGUUUUUUUCUGAGGAUGACUGACUUCUGAAGUGUGUAAGUGACAAACCAAAAAUCGAGUGCCACAAAAUAAAUCUACCUCCUGGAAUGACAUUAGUGCAUAUACUCUGUAUGCUGCCAUGCUCUUCCUAUUUCCCCAGCAGAUCCACUGCAGAGUUAGUGUGAUAUUAAUGUCUAUUGUGAGGAUCGUAAUUGCUUCCAGAUGGAAUACAGUGAUUAAUAGGUAUUUAAGGGUACAAUUUACCCUUUAAGUGGUUAGGUACAGUGAUAUUUUAAUAGGCCCCCAUUAGGCCUCAGAAAUUACAGUUACACUGUUUUCUAAUAGAAUAUUGGCAAUAAGGGAUUCCGUUAAAACAAUCAGCAUAGCUCAGAGUUUCAUAUGAUUAUAAAAUAAUAUUUUUAAAGCUGCUUCAUAUACCAUUAUUAUGGUGUGACUGUUUAAGGGAUUAUACUUAAACUAACAUUUUUCCUGCUGCAUGAAAACUUCAGCAUAUAUAUAAUAAGCUUCUGUCAGUGCGUAACCGGUCCAAGCUUCCAUGCUUUAGCAGCCUUCCCCUGGGUAUAGAGUAGUCAGGAGCCAGAUGCUCAGCUGGUAUAAACUAACGUAACUUCCUUGCUGUCCGUUUAGCUACUGUGGUUUAUACCAGCUGAGCGUUUGGCCUUAAAUGUACAGAAUAGACAACCUGCAAUUUUUAUUUGUUUAAAGUAGCCCCUCUACUGUAGGUAACACCAAAACUUAAGACUGUAAUAUUGUUUGUGCUAUUUAAUACUUCCUAUUGUGAGGAUUACUAAAUAAUGUAUAUAAUUUUAUUCCUGAAAAAUACAAAAGCAAAAUGACUUCUAGGCAUAACUUCACCAAAUGUAAAGAUACGUUCUCUGCUAAGAACUUCACUGUGUACUGAUAUUUUUUUGGCUAUUUUUAUUUUGUGUAGUUUGUAAAGUUUGCUGAAAUCUUGACCUAACAAUGUGUUCUUUGCAAUUGUUGUUACUGUAGAUAUGCGUAUUUUAUUAAGAAAAUCUUGUUUUUAAAAGUGUAGGUAUGUGUAUAAGUUCCUAGCAUGAUGAAACUGUCAUUACAGUGAAUAUGCAUUAUAUAGUGUGUAAGAAAGAACAAAAUGUAGUUUAACAUAGUGCUAUUUAAUUGAAUAUCUAAAAUAUUAUUUGCCUGACAAAAUAAAGUGUGUUGCAACAAC